CAUGAAGUCUCCUUCAACCAUUGUAAAGCAGUGCUAAAUAUGCAAGUAGUAGAAGAUGGGAGAUGGAAGAGGAAGUAGUGCAAUGAUUGGUGUAAUGCUACUGUUGUGUAUGUCAGUGACUUAUGCACUAAGAUACAAGGUUGGGGAUUCACGUGGUUGGUCCUUCAACGUUAGUAACUGGCCUUAUGGAAAGACUUUCAUGGCUGGUGAUGUACUUGAAUUCAAUUACAUGUUUGGAAUGCACAACGUGAUGGAAGUAGACAAGUCCUUUUUCGAGCUAUGCAUUCCAAUUCCAAAGAUCGGAAGGGAAUUUGGAGAGACAGUGCACUGGUCAGGAAAUGAUCAAAUUCAGCUUCGCUCAGGACAGAGCUACUUCAUUUGUAGUUUUCUUGGUCAUUGUCAGCGUGGCAUGAAAAUUGCCGUCAAUGCUGUCUAAUCUAAUAAUUUCAUAUGCACUUCAAUUUGUAUAAACAUAAGGAAAUAUUAUUAUAGAAUUAUUUCUUUCUCA